GGGGCUCAUGCACAGGGAGGUGCUCGUAUUGCAUUUGGGGGUUGGAGCACACAUGCAUGCACUUGCGUAUGCGCAUUCGGCAUUCUGCACCAAAGAAGUUAACUAUCACUGCUCUAGUUCCUCUGAUUGGGUAGUCGGGACUAUACACUUACUGCAAUGUCAUUCCAUUUUCCUUUCAUUUUCACCCAAGUGCAUUCAAGGGGGUUUUCUUCUUUUUGCAAUUAAUUGCCUAAUAAAUUGCCUUUAAAUGGACAUCCCACUCGGUACCUAAUUGAAGCAAGUGUGCUUUGGCUGAAUCUAGGGCUAAUUUAACCUUCAUUAUUGCUUAAUAGCACGAUUCACUUAAUGACCGCAGUGAUUUGCUUUACAACCUGCUUGUAAGCUCUCUAGAAUAGCUGUGAGCGAUUAAUAGCUAUGAGCGAUAUAAACAAACAAACCUUACCAAAAAUGGUCUUAAAUUUGGCACAACCCACUUAACAUCCUUCCUUGGCAAUGGAAAUUCUGGACCCGAUUGUAGUUGCAUGUCCAGGACAACCUGUAUUGGAGAUCUCUAAUUCUAUAAGGGAGUGUGUAGAGUGUGCAUGACUGAAUUCUGAAAUGUGGUAUAGAGAGUAUAGAAGAGAUAACUAUGGAAGAAAAUCUACAUAGGCAGAUAUUUGUAUGUAAGCCAAAGAAGGUGAAGUGAGGACUGUAGUUCUCAAGUUUCCAGACAUUUUGUCUUGAUAUUCCUCUCUGGGCACAAUGAGAAUAAUCUGCUGAAACAAACUCCGCAUUGGUGACAGGAAGGGCAUCCGGCCGGGAAAGACUCAGCGCUUGAACUUCAGGUAAAAGUAGCAUUGAGGGAGAUUGAACAAGCAUGCAAGUCAAAAUAGUCAAGGAAGAGAAUCCAUCCUGAAUAUCUACAAAACACCUGGCUCAGGAAUUCUGGGAGUUGAAGUCAACUGGUCAUAAAGGGGCCAGGGAACUACUUCCAUAUGGAGGGAAGUAGGCAAUGGGGUACCCUAAGGCAGGGGUCUCCAACCUUGGCAAAUGUAAGCCUAGUGGACUUCAACUCCCAGAAUUCCUGAGCCAGGUGUUUUAUACAUAUUCAAGAUGGAUUAUCUUACUAUUUCCUUGCCUACUUCCAGCAAAGGUGGCUGGGAAAUUCUGGGAGUUGAAGUCCACCAGGAUUAAAGUUGCCAAGGUUGCAGCCCCCCUGCCCUAAGGGUCCGCCUGGGGCCCAGCACUUUUCCAUAACCUUCAUAAGCAAUUUAGACGAGGGCUUAGAAGGCCAACUCAUCUAAUUGGCGGACGACGCUAGCAGCGGUUUUAAAAAUAGGCUCAAAAUUCAGGAUGUGGACAGAUUGGAAGUCUGGGCCCCAAACGCAAUUCUGUGGCGAGAAAGGCAAGGUUCUCCGCAGGCGAUUCUUCCUGUUUAAUAGCUCUCUGCUCCGGAGGGCGGGUUGCUGAAGCCCCGCCCCCGGAAGUCCGCCCCUUUGGCGGCAAGAGGUGGAGAGGGAGACGCUCGGCCGUCUCCCGCGGCCCAUGGCCGGGCACAGCGCCCUCCCGCCCGGCGCCGACCUCGAGGAAGGCGGGGAGCCUCCCUGGGCAAGCCUUGCCGGUGGGCUGCCUGGAAACCUCGGCGAAGGAGCCAACCCCUUUUCCUUCAAGGCCUUCGUGAGAAGCCAGGAGCAAAAGGCAGCCACGGCCUCCUAUAUGGGCACCAAGAACGGCAGCCCCGAGGAGCCAUUGAGGUCCUGCCUCCUGCUGGAUGAGAGCUCCUUGGCCGAGUCGCUGGGGUCGAACAAGGACUUGCGAGAGCCGUUUUUUGAAGACCCAACUCCCUCGGACUCCUUGCUGCAAGAUGAGGAGGACGACUGGAGCGGCUCCUAUCAGCCCUCGGCCGUCGAAGAAGCCCACUUGGUCAGAGCCCCCAGCGCCUCACUCAGCAGCAGCCCAAUAGACUCUUUCUACGGCAACGUCUCGGAUCUCCAGACCUUCUCCCCAGAGCAGCUGGGAAGAAAUGACCACGUCUCCUGUGGCUGUCUUGGGAAAGGGGACCAAAGCUCGCUGAGUGAUCAGACGUCCCCAGAAGAUGGCUUCUGCCGACUGCUGCAGCUGCGUUACCAAGAACUGAAAGAAGAAAAUUCCAACUUAAGAAGUACACUAAGCCAAAUUCAAGCUCUUUCUGAAUCUCAGGCGGAAAGAAUAAGGUAUCUGGAAAGGACUCUAGAGAAGAGCAAACGGAAAGAGGAGAAGGAGGCUCGUGAGCUGGAGGCCAUGGUGCAGCAGGUGGAAGAGAAUCUCCAGUUAAUGACGAAACGGGCCCUGAAGGCAGAAAACAGUGUCAUUAAGCUGAAGCAGGAAAACAUGCACCUUCAGGUUCAGAUGGAAAGCCUCAAAUCGGAGAACAAAGCCUUAAAGUCUGGCCAUCUGGAAAACCUGACCACGGUCAAGCAAAAUGCAGAUGUUGCCUUGCAGAAUCUCCUCUCUGUGAUAACGAGAUCUAAAUCAUCAAUCAAGCAGCUGGUUUCUGGUGCAGAAGAACUGCAGCUUGUGGCUGACCUCCUGAGGUCUCUAGACAAAAUAUCUGAGAUACCAUCACAAGGAACCCCCUGAGUUCCCUGAGGAACCCCUCUCAUUCUUGGAGAAAACUAAGAUUGGAAGCUGGAUUUUUUUUCAGUGGCUGUGAUCUUUAACUUCUGAGACUGUUAAGAAGGUUGCAGCUCUUAGUUACUACAUCUGGAUUGAUCAAUGGAAAAUAUUUCAUGAUGUGCAAAAAUAACUAAAUAUUUUCACACUUCACUGUUUGGCUGCUCAUUUAGAGAUUGCUUUAAAAGUCUAGUCAGGAAUAUAUUUCUUAUUUAACAUGGGUGCCAGAGAUAUUCUCGAGCACACACAAGAGAUAUUAUUAAAAUUGUCUUCUAUAAAUCACAUUUUUUGAAAACCAGCUGUUGUACAGGUGCAAUAAAACCUUUCAUUGCUUUUGUAUAGCAAGGUAUCCAAGAUUUAACCUUCUGAAUAUAGAGUUUUGAAGCUUUUUAGUUUCUCCAGGUUUUGUAAUAGUAUUAUUUUUUAAAUUAAAAUGAAACUGCAAGUAUGGA